AUUAUUUAUUCUCAUUUAGUGGAUUUGUGAUUAUCUGCUUCACUCUGUUUUUCUCGAAAAUGUCAUUUCAAAACCAAAAAGCUCUCACAGAAGAGGAAUUACUGCUGUUUUUGGAAAAUGACGAUUUAUCAGAUAUCGCCGUUUUAUCUGACGAUGAUUUGGGAUGGGAUGAGUCGGAAAGUCAGCAUGCUGACUUUAUGGAUGAAGGAGGACCUGUUGAUGAUCCGGAGAGUGGGAUUGAAGCCGAUGGACAAAGUGAUGGUGGCUUGGAUGGAGUAGCGGGGCCAUCAAUGGUGGGACCAGCACUGUCUACAGCGGAGCAAAGCCUGUCAACGGCAAGACCAGGACCAGUGCCCUCAACGGCAGAAUCUGUGCCGCUCACGGCGGGACCCAAUGUAAAUGAAACUAAUUAUGUUGAAAAUUUUUAUAACCAGCACAAUUUCACCAAAAAAGGAGAUAUUGUGUGGGUGGCUCAUGCACAAUAUCAAACCAGAUUUGUCAAAUGGCAUAAUGGAAAUGACUCAACUGAACUUGUAAUUGACUUGCCUAGCCCAGUAGAUUUUUUCAUACGGCUGGAGAGAGUGUUAGCUGGAGAGAGUGGUAUGAUUUAUGAUUUCUUCAUUUACCAAGGAUCAACCACAGAAAUGAACCCACUCUAUAUGCACUUUGGCGCAUCAGCUGCUACAGUUAUGCAGCUUUCUGAUCGAAAUACCGAACCUAAUCACGCCUUAUUUUUUGACAACUACUUCAGUUCUUAUGACUCGUUUCAGUACCUUUGGUCAAAGUCAAUAUUUGCAGGGGGAACAAUAAGAUGGAAUCGUUUUCGUACUGAAAAUGUGCCAAAUGAUAAGGAUAUGAAAAUGAAAGGGAGAGGAAUUACGAAGUGGUACGACAAUAAAUCGGUUAUCCUGGCCUCAAAUUUUGUUGGUAUUGGAGAGCAAGAGCUCUCUAGGAGAUGGGAUAAAACGAAAAAGGAAUAUGUUGAAGUGCCUAGGCCAGAAGCAGUAAGGAGGUACAACAGCAGUAUGGGAGGUGUGGAUAAACAUGAUUUUUUGUUGAGUAUCUACCGCUCUUACGUUCGAUCAAGAAAAUGGACAAUAAGGCUCAUUUUCCACGCCAUAGAUCUGGCAUUAGCAAACUCAUGGUUGGAAUAUAAAAAUGAAGCUUCAAAUUUGGGUCUUCCACAACAAAAGAUCCUAGAUUUACUAGCCUUCCGUCAGUCUGUGGCUGAACAUCUCAUACUUACUAAAACACCCCCAAAAAGGGACAGGCCUUCAACGAAACUUCCCAAUGAUGACAUUGAAAAUAGAUCUCAAAGAAACAGAUAUGAGUCUAGACCUCUGAAGGAUUCUAGAUAUGAUGGAUAUCAACAUAUUGCAGAAUAUGAUAAAAAAAAUAUAGCUCAAGAAGUUGGAAGGGUGCAAGGAAAGAACACAUGUUUACUGUAAUAAGUGCCAAGUGCAUAUAUGUUUGCUGAAAGACAGAAACUGUUUCAAAAAAUUUCAUAGUCGAUAGUUACUCAAUUUCCAACUGUUUUGAACAAUAAAAUCUUUCUUUACAAUAAAAACAGUAUUUUAGUUUGAAGGCGUAAACUGGACUUGUCGUUCUGGGGGUACAUGUCCUAAAAACUGAUGGGAGGGGGUAAAUGUUUUUUUUCAACUGAAAUAUGAUUGUUGAUCCUUUAU